AUGGCAACUUCUAAUGGUUACACUGCUAAUGUACCGCGGAGGCCAGGCUCUGACGAAGGCGACGACACCAAAAAGUUAGCCAUAAUGAGAGGCUAUACCUCUCUGAAAAUGAGCGACGAUGAGGAGCCGGUGCCCGGUAACAAGCCUUUGCGCUUGCCGAAAAAAGCAGCCAAGGUCAAAAACAAGGCUCCGGCUCAACUUCAAAUUACCGCUGAACAGCUUCUUCGUGAGGCCAAGGAACGAGAACUUGAGCUAAUUCCCCUGCCUCCGAAAACCAAAAUCACUGACCCUGAUGAGCUGCUCGAAUUCCAAAGGCGGAAAAGAAAAGAGUUCGAGGAUGGAAUCAGGAAAAACAGAAUGCAAAUCGCCAACUGGAUUAAAUAUGGAAAGUGGGAAGAAUCUAUUGGUGAAAUUCAACGGUCGCGAUCGGUUUUUGAACGUGCCCUUGAUGUAGAUCAUCGUUCAAUCACUGUUUGGUUGCAGUAUGCGGAAAUGGAGAUGAGGAGUAAACAGAUCAAUCAUGCACGGAACAUAUUCGAUCGUGCCGUCACGAUCUUGCCAAGAGCUACACAAUUCUGGCUGAAGUAUUCUUAUAUGGAGGAAGUGAUAGAAAAUGUACCAGGUGCUCGUCAGAUAUACGAGCGCUGGAUGGAAUGGGAACCAGAUGAGCAGGGUUGGCAGACCUAUAUCAACUUUGAAUUGAGGUACAAGGAAGUGGACCGUGCCCGUUCAAUAUAUCAAAGGUUCCUGCAUAUACACGGGACAAAUGUCAAUAACUGGAUUAAGUAUGCGCGGUUUGAAGAGAAGCACGGUUAUGUCGGAAAUGCAAGAGCGGUUUUCGAGCGCGGAAUGGAGUACUUCGGCGAAGAAAAUAUCCAAGAAAAACUUCUCGUAGCAUUUGCUCUGUUCGAAGAACGGCAAAAAGAACACGAACGAGCUCGCGUUAUAUACAAAUAUGGGUUAGACCACCUCCCACCUGAUCGAACUGCUGACAUUUUCAAACAUUAUACAGUACACGAGAAAAAGUAUGGAGAACGUGCCGGUAUAGAAGACGUGAUUGUCAGUAAACGACGGACCCAAUACGAAAAGCAAAUUACUGAGAACGCAUUCAACUACGAUGCAUGGUUCGAUUAUCUGAGGUUGCUAGAAAAUGAAGAAUGUCCCAAAGAGGAGGUUGAGGAUCUGUAUGAAAGAGCCAUAGCUAAUAUUCCACCACAUGAGGAGAAGCGGUAUUGGAGAAGGUAUAUUUAUCUCUGGAUAAACUACGCACUCUAUGAGGAGUUAACAGCUCAGGAUAUGGAGAGAACAAGACAGGUGUACAAAGCAUGUCUCGAUGUUAUUCCUCACAAGAAAUUCACGUUUGCGAAGAUUUGGAUCAUGUUUGCGCAAUUCGAAAUCAGGCAGAUGGAUCUGACUGCAGCAAGGAAAAUUCUGGGAGUUUCAAUCGGAAAAUGUCCUAAAGAGAAGCUGUUCCGUGCUUAUAUUGAUCUUGAGCUGCAAUUGCGAGAGUUCGAUAGAUGUCGGAAACUUUACGAAAAAUUUUUGGAAUAUUCUUCUGAAAAUAGCAAUACAUGGAUAAAGUUCGCCGAGCUCGAAACCCUCCUUGGAGAUGUUGAUCGAGCGAGAGCAAUUUUCGACAUUGCAAUCCAACAAUCUGCGUUAGAUAUGCCCGAGAUUUUGUGGAAAGCGUACAUUGAUUUCGAAGUCAAUGCAGAGGAAUAUGAGAAAGCUCGUGAUCUAUACGAAGCGUUGUUGCAACGUACAAACCACAUCAAGGUAUGGAUAUCUUUAGCGGAAUUCGAGCUCUCUAUUGGGAACCUAGAUGGAGCGAGAAAGGUGUAUGAUCGUGCAAACAAUGCGCUUGAAAGUGCAGAGAAAGAAGAGCGACUCAUGUUGCUGGAAGCCUGGCUUGAAGCAGAGAAGAAAAUUGGUGAUAUUAAUGCUAUUCAUAAAGUGGAGAAUAUGAUGCCCAGACGGGUGAAGAAGAGGCGGCAGAUCCAGACGGAAGAUGGUGUGGAUGCUGGUUGGGAGGAGUAUUACGACUAUAUCUUCCCCCAAGAUCAGGCAGCGAAAGGUUCUUUCAAGCUACUUGAAGCUGCAGCUCGGUGGAAGCAACAACGGGAACUUAUGGCGAAGGAGGCCCAGUCAUUAACGGAUGAUAGAGACGUGGAAAGGGCAGCCGUUAAUGAUGAAUCUGAUGACGAAAGGCCAGAUAAAGUCAGAGAAGGUGACAGUGAUACGGACAUAGGAAGCAGCAGUACAGAUUCGGAUUCCGACAGUACGUCAAGUUCUUCAGACUCCGAAGGCUCAACCUAG